AUGAUACUUAUUCUUACUCUUUUAGGUUUAUCUAUGGGAGAAAAUCAAAAUACAAGAUUGAAACGAUCAGCUGGAGAAGACGACGAUCGUCAGCAACAAGCAUCCUUUGUAGGCUUUCGAACAGCCAGCGAACAAAUGGACAUCGACAGUGUCACACGACCAAAUCAACUAUCAUCGGCUUCCUACAAAACAAACACUGAAUGUAGUCAACCAAAUGUUAAAAAAUCAUUGGGAGUGGGUGCAGCGAGACGAAAUAUUAACAAUAAAUUUGUUGUUCCAGUGUCGCGACCCACAAAAGAGGAUGAAAUGGCAUUAGAUGAAAAACCAACAGAUGUUCUUGCCGCAGUAAAACCUGAAGAGAAAAAAUAUGAAGGACUCAAUUUUGAAAAAGAUCUAUGUGCUUCGUUGGAACGUGAUAUUGUACAAAAAAAUCCAAAUGUUCAUUGGACCGAUAUUGCUGGAUGUAUGAUUGCAAAGAAUCUCCUUAAUGAAGCUGUCAUCUUUCCAUUAUUAAUGCCCGAGUUUUUUAAAGGCAUUCGUCGACCGUGGAAAGGAGUGAUGUUAUUUGGACCACCAGGCACAGGAAAGACAAUGUUGGCAAAAGCUGUGGCUACAGAAUGUAAUACAACCUUCUUCAAUGUCGCAUCAUCAAGUUUAACGUCAAAAUAUCAUGGUGAAUCAGAAAAAUUGGUUCGUUGUCUAUUUGAAUUAGCAAAAUUAUAUGCACCAUCAACUGUAUUUAUCGAUGAAAUUGAUUCAUUAUGUUCACGACGUGGUACAUCAAAUGAAGAUGAAGUUUCAAGACGUGUUAAAUCAGAAUUAUUAGUACAAAUGGAUGGUGUAGCGGGUGCAUUAGGUGGUGACGAUUCGUCAAAAAUGGUUAUGGUUUUGGGUGCUACAAAUCAUCCGUGGGAUAUUGAUGAUGCAUUAAGAAGACGAUUAGAAAAACGAAUCUAUAUACCGUUACCAGAUAUUGAAACAAGAAAACAAUUGUUAGAAAUUAAUUUAAAUGAUGUACAAUUAGAUGAAGAUGUUAAUUUAGAUUUGUUAGCUGAACAAUUAGAAGGUUAUUCUGGGUCCGAUAUUACAAACGUUUGUCGAGACGCUGCUAUGAUGAAUAUGCGCCGUAUUACGUUAAAUUUAAGUAUGGCACAAGUUCAUAAUAUUUCACGAGAAAUGAAAGAACAAUUUAAUACACCAACAAAAAUGACGGAUUUUCUAAAUGCAAUAUCGAAAGUUUCAUCAUCGGUAUCGAAAGAUGCUUUGGCUAAAUAUGAACAAUGGAUGAAAGAAUAUGGAUCAGCGUAA